AUCGAUAGGAGCAAAUAGUGCAAUCGCUGUCCCAACUUACCUCGUGUUCUGGCUGCAAACAAAGAAAAAGUGCAUUUUAAUUGUUAUUAAAUUACAUUUAAUUUAAUUUCAACAUUUCUACGUGAGCGCGCGUGUGGGCUAGCGUCGAGCAGCAACUUACGGGCGCCUCUAUAUGCGUCUCAUGGUCGCGUAGACGUCUCUGUGUGUGCGUGUACGUGCGUGUGUAUUGGCAUUGUGUGGCUGUGGCAUUGGCGCUCCGCUUCUGCUGCUGCUGUUGCUGCUGCUGCGCCUUAGUUUCCAUUCAUAUUCUAUUAACUAAUAAACAAAUAACCUUCGGGCCGCAUCGCAUCGCAUCAGUCCGAGUAAGCCAAAAUUAAUAUCAAAUCACAGCAUUGACAGGAAAGUGCGUCUCGUCGUUUCCCUUACAGCCGCUGCUCUGGUCUGUUUCCGUAUUGUUUGAGCAGCAGCAGAGGCAGCAACAAAUUCAAUUGAAAAAGUAAAAUCAAGAGCAAAAAAAAAAAAAAAAAAGUAAAACCAUAGUGUUUGGCUGUGUUUGCGCUUGUGUGCGUGCUUGUGUGUGUGUGCGUGUGCGUGACGACAAACACAACGACAAAUGGCGGACGUAAGUGACACAAGUGAACUCUUCGAUCUCGAGCUGCACGAGGAUGAAAAAGCGCGAGACUCGGACGACGACAGGAUCGAACUAGAUGAUGUCGAUCUAGAACCGGAAUUGAGCAUAAACCUACACCAAGACAAUGAAGGCCAGGAAACCAUACAGCUCUCCGAGGAGAAUGUCAAUCCAGGCAAAAUUAAAUUGGGCCCGAAGGAUUUCGAGCUCAAGAAAGUGCUGGGCAAAGGUGGCUACGGCAAAGUAUUUCAGGUGCGCAAGACCGCUGGACGUGAUGCUAACAAAUAUUUUGCCAUGAAGGUGCUGAAAAAGGCAUCCAUUGUGACCAAUCAAAAGGAUACGGCGCACACACGAGCCGAGCGCAACAUACUCGAGGCAGUCAAGCAUCCGUUUAUCGUGGAAUUGGUAUAUGCCUUUCAAACAGACGGCAAAUUGUAUCUGAUACUCGAGUAUUUGAGUGGCGGGGAAUUGUUUAUGCAUUUGGAACGCGAGGGCAUCUUUCUGGAGGACACCACAUGUUUUUAUUUGAGUGAAAUCAUCUUGGCUUUGGGCCAUUUACACAAUCUGGGCAUCAUUUAUCGCGACUUGAAGCCAGAGAACAUUUUGUUGGACGCACAGGGACACGUAAAGCUAACAGAUUUUGGCCUGUGCAAGGAGCACAUACAAGAGGGUAUUGUCACCCACACCUUCUGCGGCACAAUUGAGUACAUGGCACCCGAAAUUUUGACCAGAAGUGGCCAUGGCAAAGCCGUCGAUUGGUGGUCCCUGGGCGCACUUAUGUAUGAUAUGCUCACGGGCGUGCCACCGUUUACCGCCGAUAACCGCAAGAAAACCAUUGAGACCAUACUUAAAGCCAAGCUUAAUCUGCCAGCCUACCUCACACCCGAAGCCAGGGAUCUGGUCCGACGCCUGAUGAAGCGUCAGGAGCCGCAGCGACUCGGCAGUGGACCUGAGGAUGCUGCAGCAGUGCAGUCACAUCCAUUCUUCAAGCAUGUCAACUGGAACGAUGUAUUGGCCCGCCGUCUAGAGCCACCAAUAAAGCCGCUGCUGCGAAGUGAGGAUGAUGUCUCCCAAUUUGAUACAAGAUUCACACGACAAGUUCCCGUGGACUCACCGGAUGAUACAACGCUCAGCGAAAGUGUCAAUUUAAUUUUUCAAGGUUUCACCUACGUUGCGCCAUCGAUACUGGAGGAUAUGCAUCGGGCUAAUCGCAUGCCGGCGCGCUCACCAAGACGCAUGCUUCGACAGCAGCAGCAUCCGGACAAUAGCUUUCGGCUACAGUUCCCGUCCGCCAAUGCGAAUGUAGCUCCCAAUGUGCCGGCGAUGCAGCGAUCAACGAUAUAUGCACGAGCCGCCCCACCUCCAUAUCAGCACCAGCAGCCGCAUCCGCAUCAUAUGCAAACAUUCGCGCCACGCCCGUCGCCAGCGCAGGACGAGAUGAUGGAUGUGCAGCAGGGACUGCCAAUGGUCUAAAGGUUACUACUACAUUGACGUACAGAUCAUGAGGAGGCGGAUGAGAAGGACGAGCGGAAAUUGUUUUUGUUAUGCGAGAUUGGCACAGAGAAAAAGAGAGGGAGGGGCAGAUCGAGUGGCCCCUAUUUGUUUGGAUAUACAUAAAUACUAAAGUUAGACACAUACACAGAUAACAUGCAUAUAUACUAUAUAACUAUAACAUAACAAAUGCUAUUGCUAUAGCCCACUAUAUAGAAUAACAAAGGAUACAUAUACAUAUAUAUAUAUACAUAUAUGAGUGUUUAUGUAUAUGUAUAUAAUAUGUACAUGUGUGUAGAUUGUGAGGCACUAGAGAGAAAGAGAGAGAGAGAGAGAGUUAGCUAGCUGGAGCGAGUUCCGGAUCGUGUAUAAAUAUUUAUCAAUUACUGAUUAUGUUUUAUGCUUAUAUAGGUAAAGGUUUACACAAUUUAGUUCAAAUGUACACUUCAAACUUUUUUGAUUUUUUUUUUACAAACAUACAUAUAUACAUGUAUACACACAUACAAAGCAUAAUAAUUAUAUAUAUAUGCAAAAACAUAUACAUUUACAUAACGACAACAACAAGAACAACAACAACAACAAUUAUUACACUUGUUAUUACAAUUAUGUUGUUUAAUUGAGCUCCUUUUGAAAAUUUCCCGUUUUGAGUUCUAUUAUUAUUUGUCUUAACUCUUCUUAAAAAUAAUGUUUUGUUUAGAUUCGAGCUUUAAAUUCUUGUUUAGCCAUUUAGCAUUUUUUUGAAUGAACCUUUGUGUGUUAGAGUAGAGGACAACAACAACAACAGCAGCAAGCAAAGCAAACACAAACACCAUACAACAACAACAACAAAACGAAGAACGAUAAUAAUAUUAAAAUUAAUAUUAAUAAUAUAUAUUAAUCAUAAUAAAACUGAAUAUAUGAAGCUAAAUGCAAAGGUUUCCAGUGUGAAAGUCGUAGCCAAUAUAUAUAUAUAUAUAUAUAUACAUAUAUAUUAAUAUAUAUGCAUAUCUAUUUUGAUUUUCUAUUUAUUUAAUAGUUUGUCCUAAUGAAGAAAACUCGCUUUCGGUUGCUGCAACUUUCUAUUAUUAUUACUAUUAUGCAAUUAUUAUUUUCUCUUAAGCAGUUCAGUUGUUCGAACGUUUACAAAACUAAAAUAAGGCAUUUCUUAAAACAAUGAUUAAUACAACAACAACAACAACAACAAAAGUUGACAUAAAUGAUGCUAUACAUAUUAUUUGAAGAACAUUAAAUGUGAACUGAGAAGCUAAACGCUGCCACAACAACAAUAAAUAAAAUAUAUAUAUUUAAAA